UUCUAGCUGAUAGGUCCCCUUUCAUCUCUACUAUAAUACUAUUGUCUAGCGAGCAGUGAGUAGCAGUGCUGAAACUCCAAACGAGGGGCAAGUAGCUCGAAUAAAUGUUUAAAAAUGGAAAAAACCUGUAGCGGUAGACGAUAAAGUUUCAGCAAAACGAAGCGAGAACUAGAAGACCAACCUAUUGAGAAAAGAAACAAACAGCCUUUUUGUUGAUUUCUUCUAGGAUUUUGCUAAGGGUUGACUUGAUUCUCAUGCAUAUUCCCUAGUUUUCCUUCCAUAUUCAUCAAGAGUAUGAGUUUCUUGGUGCCUGUUGAGGCAGCAGCUUCUGCUGUAAUGGGGGCUGUCUCUGAAGGCGGGACAACAUUCUAUGGUGGGUUCAUGGACAAAAUUUCUGCUUCAAACAGUUUGGAACAGAUUCAUGGAACUCUGAAUGAUGCUGUGAAAAGAUUACUUGCUAAAAGGGACGAUUGCCAGAAUAGACUCCAGAGACACAAGAACAAGAUGCCAACUAAUACUUACAAGAACUGGGUUUGCAGGGUGUUGAAGAUUGAGGAGGAUGUGAAAGAUUUUGAAACCAAAUUUGAAAAAGAAAACAAAGGUUCACGAGUAUGGCAUGUUCUUUCACGUUCAGAGUUCUGCCAAGAGAUGAAAGAUAAGUGUGAAAGAGUUCUCAAACUUUUGGAAGAGAGCAAUCAACUGGGAGAAUAUUUGGUUGAUCAACCACCGAAACCUGUAGAAGUGAUGGGAGCACCAGAAAUCCAAAAAUUUCAGACAUUUCAAAUGCAUGUGGAUAACAUUUUGAAUUUGCUAAGGAAUGACAAAGUUAAAGGGAUUAGAAUCCAUGGAAUGGUGGGGAGUGGUAAAACAGCCAUAAUGCUGAGCUUGAAUAACCACAAAGAAGUUGGCAAUUUGUUUGAUUUUGUCAUCUGGGUGAAGGUUUCAACAGAGGGUAGCAAGGAGAAUUUGAGCACAGAGCAGUUGCAACGGGCUAUUGUGCGUAGACUGAAACUUGAUAUGGAAAUCACCAGCGAUACUUAUGAAGUUGCGAAGAGAAUAUCAGAAGACUUGAAGGGUAAAAGGUAUUUGCUACUCUUGGAUGAUGUGAAGCAAGACCUGAACUUGUAUGACCUCCUGGGAAUUUCAGAAAGUACGAAUGGUAGCAAGAUAGUAUUGACAACUAGAUUUGGUCAUGUCUGUUCCUUGAUUGUGAAUAGGGUCAUCAAGGUGAAUUGCUUAUCACAAGAUGAGGCCUGGAAAAUGUUUCAGGAUAUCUUGGGAUGCCCAGUACUUAAAGAUCAUAGAAAAAUCUCACAACUUGCCUGGAAAAUAGUUAACAAGUGUGGUGGUCUUCCACUCGUUAUAAAAAUGGUAGCGAGUGACUUCAGAAUGAGAAACAGUGAAGAUCAAUGGGUUGAUGGAUUUAACAACUUCAGAAACUGGCCUGACAUGAAACACGAAGGAAUGGGGGAACUGUAUAAAUUGUUGAGUUUCUGCUACAAUAAUUUGAACAGUGAACAGAAGAAUUGCUUUCGCUAUGGUGCAUUAUAUUCUGAAGAUAGUGAUAUUCCCAUAGAUUGUUUGUUGGAAUGUUGGGCUGCUGAAUGUUUUCUUGGCAGUAAUGAUGAUGCAGAUGAGUGCCGCAUCAAUGGUCGUAGCAUAUUGCAGCAUCUGAAGAAUGUAUCCUUACUUGAUGAAGGUUUGACCAAAGGAUAUGUGAGGAUGCACAAAAUUAUCAGGCAAGUGGCUUUACAUGAUGGUGAAUGUAAACUCUUGGUGAAAACCAACGAAGCCUUGCGAAAACCCCCAGAUAAAAAAUAUUGGUUAGAGAAAAAUUGGAUCUCUCUGAUAGACAAUGAACUGCAAACCCUACCAGACUGCCCUGAUUGUAGUGUGCUUUCCACACUCUUCCUACAGAAGAAUUUAAGUUUGAAUACAAUCCCUGCUUUAUUCUUUGAGUAUAUGGAAACUCUCACAGUUUUGGAUUUGUGUUGUACAGGUAUUGUGUCAUUACCACAAUCCAUAUCAAAGUUGAUCAGCCUCAAAGUCUUUUAUCUAAAUGGUUGUAGGUAUUUGGCGGAGCUUCCUUCUCAAUUGGAAGGCCUUAAGCAUCUUGAGGUGCUUGAUUUUCGAGGCAGUGGGAUCAAAAGUAUACCAUCUUUCAUUGAGAAAUUGAUGUGCCUAAGGCGUUUGUUAGUAUCAUUUACUGACAACACUUUUUCAAGGGUAGCUUCUAAUUGCAAAGUGAUUUCCAAGCUUUUUGCAUUGAAGGAAUUGAUCAUUGAUGUGAAAGCUCCUCGCAAGCAAUGGAGUGUUAAGAUGCUAAAUGCUACCAUAGAAAAGAUCGUUCCCGUAAAGCUAACCACUCUCCAAUUCCGGUUUUCAGAUGAGACAGUAGAUAUCAUAAAGCUGGAGGCAUCUACUACAUAUAUCUGUGUUCCCAAUGCAGACAUUCUUAGAAUUUUCAUCAAGCGAGACGACCUUUGCUUUGCAUCAUUUCAAGUCUGCAUUGGUUGCCACUCAACCUGUCCUACAAUUCCUAUGUCAUACCAGUAUGAAAGGUACAUGAAAUGUGAAAGCUUUAAUCCUACUGUUUCAGAGUUACUUGCUAAAGCUGAUGCAUUCGAAUUGGUCAACCUCCCUGCUGAGAAUCUAAUGAAGUUUUUUAAGAGCAUGGAUCAGGUCCGAGGUUUGCUAAUUGAAAGUUGCAAUGCAAUUGGAACAAUUGUGGAUGGUAAUUCAACAAUAAACAGCCCCGUAUUGCCAAACCUAGAGCAACUAUACAUAAAGAAUAUGCCAAUGUUGAAAAGCAUUUUGGAAGGUUAUUUGCCUUUUGGUAGCCUAUGCAAAAUAAAGACUCUAGUUGUAAGUGAUUGCCCAAUGUUGAUCAAUAUAUUUUCUCGGGGAUUGGUUCAGCAACUUUCUGGAAUCCAGCAACUAGAAGUUGAAGAUUGCUUUGAAAUUGAAGAGAUAGUUAUGGAAUUUGAGAAUACUGGAAUGGAUCCAUUUGUGCUCCCAAACCUGGAGAAAAUGACACUUCAUAAUAUGCCAAAAUUAAGGAGCAUUUGGGCAAAUGAAUCAUUGGAGUGGCACUCCUUAAAGGAGCUUGAGAUACGUGGUUGUCCCAACUUGAGUAGACUACCUUUCAAUAAGGAAAAUGCAUUGAACCUGAGGUCAAUUAAAUCAGAGCAAGAUUGGUGGAAUGCACUGCAGUGGCAACGAAAUGAGGUCAAAGAACACUUUCAGCAAUAUUGCACCUUCAGGGUCAUGUCAACUCCUGCAAAUGCUGUAGAGGGCACUAACAGGAUUGUGAAGGAGGCCCCCAGAGACGUGUCCCAGGAAGCACCUUCUAGGGCUGCUGCUUCCAAGAGAAGGCUCCUGGCAGCAGACAAGGGAAAGGCAGUUGCCUCUUCUGGAAAUGGCAAGAGGGGUAGAGUGGACCAAACUUCUGGGGUUCUUUACCGCUUGAUUAGAGCUUUAGCUACAAGCAAGACAAACACGAUGAUGGAUCUUUCUGUCUAAUGAGGGGCAGUUGCUGUGAGAAAGGUGAGUGAAGAGGGCAGUUUAUUAGUGAGCCAAAGUAUGAAGUUCGUAUCAAUUUGUGUUGAGACUUGUACCUAUGCUUAGUUUGUGUCAAUCUGUGUCAUUUCCUUCAAAAACUUCUCUGAUUUGACUCGUUUUACAUUUCUCUCACUUUGUUGGUAUGUAUGAUAUGUCAUGGUAUUUCAAAGACAGUUUUAGCUAGUGACGAUCUGUUCUGGUUAUUGUUUAUGGAAAUAUAUUAGUUUACUGUCCCA